UUCAUCCAGUUAUAUAUAUUGGACGCAAAUUGCCUUUUUUAUCAUUGGUUUAAUUUAAUCUGUCAAGAUCAAAGAUAGUAAACGUGUAACCAGAUACGGACUAGGAUAAUUUGUCAAGUUAGCACUAAACGGCAAGGAAGAAUACAUACAAUGUUGGAGAGCUUUGCGCAUCUCUCCAUCUCCGGUACCCGGUCGAUCUAGAACGUUGGGUGUCACUCAUUUCUUUUUUGACUAUGAAGUUAAUUUGAAUUGAUCAGAGAUUUUUGUUAAGCUAAGUUUCCUACAGGAAAAUGAAGUACGGAGUUAUUGUAAUCACGGCUGGCUUUUCUGGUUUACUCAGCUUCAGCUUUCUUGCUGUGGCAAUUGGGAGCGACUACUGGUACAUCAUCGACGUGAGCAGAGCGAAUCAUUCGGACUUGGAGGAACUGAGUUCGCAUUCCGGUCUCUGGAGGAUCCGUGAAGGAAGUAAUGCCACCUCCUGGCCAAUCCACUCGAUCUUCCUGGACACCUCCAACAACACUGAGAUAGAGAAACACCUCAUCAGCUCACACAAGGUGAUAGUCACCCUGCUGCCUCUCAGUCUGCUGCUGGUGGUGUUGGGAGGGAUCUGCGGUCUGGUCAGCUCUCUGUCCCGGAAUCCCAACCUGUUGGCCGGCUCAGCAUCCUACUUCCUCUUCUGCAGUCUCUUCACCCUCUCUGGUGUAUGUGUCUACAUCAGCUACUGCCAACGGGCCCAGGAGGCGUUGGAACCCGAGAUUCUGGCCAGCAUCCACGUGUCUUAUGGCUGGUCACUGGGUUUGGCCUGUGUCUCCUUCGGCCUGGAGGUGGCUGCGGGACUGCUGCUAAUGGUGGCAGCACGUAUAGCCUACCUCAUGGGGCAUGAUGACCAUGGAGUCAUUAUCGCCAUGGCCGGAAAAAGGAUGAUAUCAGACUGAAACAGGUAUCGCUGUGGUAAAGCAUUUCGUGUACCCUAAGGAACAAGACCGCUGACAGAGACCACUGGUCAAAAUCCCCAAUACACUGUAAUUCCAAAGGACUGGUUUGGAAUUCUCAUGUUCUAGGUUCCCAACUCUAAAUUACAAUUUCCCAUAUUAGGACUCUCCGAGACAUUGUGGUCACAUGGUUUCUUUAUUCGCGGCAGCAUAUUUGCAGUGCUUUGUUAACUGUAAAGAAUAUGCAAGGCUACAAUCAUACAAGACCCAUAGACAAGAAAAAUGCAACCAUUUUGGUAAUUAUAAAUGGGCAGUACCUAGUUGAAAAUGUUUAAAAAGAAAAUGACUUCAACACCAUGAUAGAAAUUUGGAGAUAAUUUAUAAAUAAAAAGCAUAUUACAAAUAAUUAUAAUCACAAUUAUAAAUAUAUCAUUAUUAUAAGGCCUUGAUCAUGAAAAACAUUGGUUUCUUUAUUUUCCUUAGGCUUCCCAACAAUGUACUACUUUUAGAACAUAUAUAAUCCACACAUGUAUUACAUAGUAGUUUUGAUGAAAGAAACCCAAAAUGUUAAUCACCAAUACAUGAUUGCUGUUAGGAAAUAAGAACCAUUGAACAAACUGUUAAUGUAAUGCCAUUUUAUUAUUGUUUUUAAUCUCAAUUUCUCAGUUCACUCAUCUCUGUAAUUGUGUAUGUAAUGAUAGUGGCUAUUGUAGUAACUGAUAUGAAAAAAAACUAACCAAUUGUCUAUUGUUAAGCAG